UUGUGCUACAUAUGUGGAUUAUUAGGUGAUAUUUCUCUUUUACCGGAUAGUGAUCCCAAGCCGCAAACAUGCCGAAAUCGCCGGUGUCAGGUGAUCGAGUCAGCCUUCGUCCUCCGACUGGCCGCCCGGCGCCUGCACAUCCCCGCGUCAACCGUCGUUCAGUUCGAACUGUACCGCCGCGUCCGCCUGACGCGGACUAGUGUGACCUAA